CAGUGAGGCUACCUAAAAUAUUGUGUGUGUAUUUACAUUUUCUUUCCCCCCCCCCCCUCUCUAACAUCCCGCUUCUUUAGAUCCCUUUCUGUUGUCGUCUGUCUUUCAAUUUCAGAAAUUUUAUACAAAAAUCAAACUCCCUUUUAGGUGUUUUGUUUUUGAAAGCCAGGUGAUCCAGAACAGAGAUCAACGUUCUCUUUUUAUUUUUUAAAUUGUUCAAACAACCACAAGGGUCUGUUUUUCGUAUCCCUAAAGGUUGGUUUUUUUGAUUUGUAGAAAGCUUUGUAAAAAUCUCUACCUGUUGUGUAGUUUUGAUAUUAGAAAGAGGUAAUACUUUUUGUGUGUUUUGAUAUUAACCAUGGCAGCAGCUAUAGAUGUAUACAGCAGCAGCAGUAACUUGUCAGAUCCUUUAACAGAAGAACUUAUGAAAGCACUUGAACCUUUUAUGAAAGGUGUUUCUUAUUCUUCUUCUUCUUCACCUUCAACUUCGUCUUCUUCUUUCUAUACUUUUGGUGAGCCUAAUUUGUAUACUGAUUUCUGCACAAUCCCAUCAACGGCUACCCAAAUGUUUUCUCAAGGGUAUUCGUGUUUUGACAAUAUGGGUGUAGCUGAAACAGGUUCAAUUGGGCUUAACCAUCUAACCCCUUCUCAGAUCUUGCAAAUCCAAGCUCAGAUCCAAUUUCAAAAUCAACAGCAACAACUACAACUAUUACAUCAACAACAACAGAGCUUAGGUUUGUUAACACCCACUUCAACAUAUUCUAAGAAUCUGAAUUCUACUAACUUUCUUGGUAUGAAACCAGUCCCAAUGAAGCAAACGGGUGCUACUUCUUCACAGAAGGCUACUAAGCUUUAUCGUGGAGUUAGACAACGCCAUUGGGGCAAAUGGGUUGCUGAAAUUAGACUUCCUAAGAACAGAACUAGGCUUUGGUUAGGCACUUUUGAUACAGCUGAAGAGGCUGCUUUGGCUUAUGACAAAGCUGCUUAUAAGCUAAGAGGUGAGUUUGCUAGGCUUAAUUUUCCACAUCUAAGGCAUCAAUUAAACAAUGAAUUCUCUGAUUUCAAGCCUUUGCAUUCCUCUGUGGAUGCUAAACUUCAAGCCAUUUGCCAAAGCUUGGCUAAUCCCAAAUCAGAUGACUCGUGUUCUAAAUCUAAUUCCAAGCCAAGAAAGUCCAAAACUGCAGCAGUUUCAGUGGAUUCAAAUUCAGCUCAAGAAUCUUCAUCAAAGUCAGAAAUCACCACAGAUGAUUCAUUGAAAGAAGAAUUCAGCUAUCCAGAAAAUGGUACUAUCAAGAUUGAGGCUUCAUCAUCAUCAUCACCCCCUACACCCUCUGAGGAAUCAUCAUCUUCGUCUGAGUCUGAUAUUACUUUCUUGGAUUUCGCUGAACCAUCUUUCGAUGAAUCAGAAAACUUCUUUUUACCCAAGUACCCUUCCGUGGAGAUUGAUUGGGCAGCUCUUUGAUACUUUAUUGUAGUAUUACUUUUUUUUUUUGGAUAUAUCAUGUAUGGUGUCAAGUAUGGCCUCCUGCAAUGGUGUUUUUGACAUUUGCAGAGGUUGGUGUAGUAGUGAAUAGAGUCAUGUAAUAGUGAAGGUUGCUCACUCUCCGUCUUGUUCAUGCUUUGGUUUUUGUAUAUGCAUUGAACCAAAAGGGAGAGACUUUGCAUCAUGUAUGUGUCUUGUUCAUUUCUUAACUUAAUAUAAUCAUAUCUAAUGUUUUAGUAUGUA